CUCUCAUUGGCACAGGCAGUCACCUCCUCUUCCGCGCUGAGUUCUGGCGCAGCUGCGGAAACCGCAGCUGCUCGCGCCACGGUGGUUCCGCAGAUUUUCGCCCCCAUGGCCGACUUGGAGCUCUUCAGUGCUCAGCACCAGCAGCCGGCGGCCGCUGCCGCUGAUAACGGGGCACUGGGCGGCGCCGAGGAGGAUCCUGCCGCCGCUUUCCUGGCGCAGCAGGAGAACGAGAUUGCAGGCAUCGAGAACGAUGAGGGCUACGGCAUCCUCGAGAACGGCGAGGUGCCGGCGGCGCUGCAGGGUCCGGAGGGUCUCGACGCAGGAGCUGUUGAUGGAGUGGUCAAUGGAGAUGCUUAUCAGGAGAGUAAUGGUCCAACAGACUCCUAUACUGCUAUAUCCCAAGUAGAUCGACUGCAGUCAGAACCAGAGAGUAUUCGUAAAUGGAGAGAGGAGCAAAAGCAGCGCCUGGAGCAACUUGAUGCAAACUCACGAAAGCAGGAAGCAGAAUGGAAAGAGAAAGCAAUAAAGGAGUUGGAGGAGUGGUAUGCAAGGCAAGAUGAAAAACUCCAGAAAACCAAAGCUAGUAACAGGGCAGCUGAAGAAGCCUUUGUGAAUGAUGCAGAAGACAUUUUUCCAGGCACUGAGUGGGAACGUGUGGCUCAGCUCUGUGACUUUAAUCCCAAGUCUAGUAAGCAGGCAAAAGAUGUAUCCCGCAUGCGUUCAGUCCUCAUCUCACUCAAGCAGGCUCCUCUGGUUCGCUGAAGGAACACACAAUGGAAACACUACAAAUGCAGUAUCUUAACCUUACUCAGAGAAGCUGUAUUGCAGUAAUUGGAUUGUUUCAAUGUUUUGGGUUUUGUUUUUUUGACCAAAUGUAAUGAUGUAUCUAGAGCUGAUCAUUGUUUGAUUGCAUGUUCUUCCUCAUGUUUCCUUUCUGUGUCAGACAUAGGAGAGCCUCCAAAACUGUAGUAUCUGUGCUGUUGUGCACCGAGAUGUCACUUCCCUCAUUAUUAAAGAUCUGUUAAACAGCAAAA